ACUGCAUUUACAUAAUAAAAAUAAAAAUAAAAAAAAACAAUGAAAAAUACACUCAGCAGUGUUUUACUCUCUCUCAGUGUUUUACCCUUUCACCAUGGCACUAAGUAAAAAUUAUCAUUACUGGAAUUUCAAUAAUAAUAUACAAGAAAAAGGUGUUUAUAUAAAUAUUAUAAAUAAUAAAAAUAUAAUAAAUAAUAAUAAUAACAAAUAUCAAGAUGCAUGGAAUAAAUUGCCAGAUAUUAUUUUAGAACAAAUAUAUGAAUAUUUAACAAGACGAGAACGUUAUUAUGCUUCGCUUGUUUGUAAAAAUUGGUAUCGUGCAUUUAAAUUACCAAAAGUAUGGUCGACAUUUGUUCUGGAUGAUACAACUUUAACACGAGGUAAAUUUAAUUACUACAGUGGUUGGCAAUAUGUGCUAGAUCACAUUAGAGCAUCAACAUGUUUUAAUAAAAUUGGAAGAAAUUUUAAAACAUUGAUACUUGAACCAAAUAAUAAUUUUCAACAGUUGUAUCAAUUUAUGAGUAUGAUGUCUUGGUAUGCUGAACGUCAUCUUGGUUGUGAUUUUACCAGUGACAUUGACAAUGCUGUUGGUACAAAUAUACGUUAUUUAAAAUUUAAAUUUCCAUGUAAUAUGGCUAAUGAUAAUCAACGAGGUGAAAUAAAAAUAUUUGGUACUGGUGGUGAAAUUCUAGCAGCUCUUAAAAGACUUGCUGCUAAUUUUUUAAAUUUGCAAAUAUUGGAAUUUAUUGAUUUAAUGCUUGACACCAAAGAGGCACUUGUUUUACUUGAUGAAAUUUGUAUUAAUUGUACUGAGACAUUAAAAAAACUUGUGCUAAUUAAUACCACAAAAUUCUAUUGUCCAUUGAUACACAUUGGAGUAUUUAUAAAUUUAAACGUUUUAAUUGUUAGUCCACAAAAUAUUGAUGCUGAUGUUUUGGAUUUAAUUGGGUAUACUAAAUUAGAACAUCUUCAUAUUUUUCAAAAUAUAUAUUCACCAGUUGCAUCAGACAUUGUCAAAUUGCCAAAAAAUAACAGCUGGAUAAAAUUACGAAAAAAUAAUCCAAGAUUAAAAGUACAUCUUGAAAUUGAGAGUAAUAAAAUAGAGACAAAAUUACCAAUUGAAUUUCCAGGACACAGUAUGAUACCAUGUCACAGUAUCGUAUUGAAUAAUCCAUUUGACCGAGUUUCAGCUUCAAUUUUACUUGCCCAAUCGAUAAUAUUUUUCCCAACAAUUCAAGUUUUUGCAAUGAAAGGUCUAUCAAAAUAUUAUCAAGAUCGUAAUUCUUCGAAAAGAUGCGAUGGAAAUAUUUUACAACUUUGUAAAAGUAGCCCAAAUAUUCAUACACUGAUGAUUCGAGACAAAAUAUCAACAAGUACAAUUUUAGAAAUUGCAUCAACAACAAAAUCAUUGAAAUAUCUUCAUGUAAGACGUAAUUAUGUAUUGAAAAAAUUUGAUAAAUUAUGGAAAAAUACAACAACAGACACGAGUCAACAACAUGAACAAUGGAUUAAAAUAAAUUCAAGCUUUUAUGAAAAAACAGAACAUGAAAUAUCAAAAAUACUUGGUUAUAGAUGGAAUAUGUUAUCGGAAAAAGAAUUUAUUAAUCAAAAAAUAAAUCUACAUGUGUAAAUAAAUAUAAAAAUUUUUUUUUAUAAAUUAAAAAAAAAAAAUUGGAAUGAGUCGGAGAAAAUCCAAGAAAAAUCGGAACGAGUCGGAGAAAAUCGAAAAAAAUGAUUUUUUGUUUAAUCUUUUUUUUAAUUUUUAAUACUUGAUAAUAAUAAUGAAUAAAUUUAAAAAAUAAUAAUUUUUAUUGAAACGAAUUGAUUUUUUUUUAAUUUAAAUAAAUUAUUAUUAGACUUUUCAUUAUUAUCAAAAAAAAAAAAAUUAAUUAUUUAUCAAUUUUCGGCAUAUUUAUUGUGAAAUUUUUAAAAAAAAUAAUAAUAAUGUGUGCAUUUUUUAUGCUGACUCAAACUCAAUAAUUAUUAUGAAGGCUGUUCUUUGUAUCAUUAUGACAACUGAAAAAUUAAUAUUUUUAAUUUUAAUUAAAAAAAUUAUUAUAAUAAAAAUAUAGAAUCCAAUAUAAACUUAUAAAAAAUAAAAAAAAAAAACAAUAAUUCAUAGAUUGAUAAAUUAUUAAAAAAUCGAGCAUUUGAUAAUAAACUCAUUGAUACACGAUUAUUUAUAGGCAUUAAUUAUAUUGACCUGAGGAAUAAUAUGUAUUUUUUAAUUAACAAUUUUAAUCUAAAAAAAAAAAAAAAAACGACAGAAAUUUAAAAAUAAAAUAUAGGUAAAUUUCAAGUGAAAGUUUAGAGCGAAAAAAUAAAAUUAAAAGGUAUAUAAUAAAAAAAAUAAAACUUGUUGCUUUUAGAUAAUAUAUAUAUAUAUAUUAGUUGAUACAACUGGUUGUACAUGACACAUAAUAUGAAAAAAAUAAAACACGAUUAAUUUUAUAAAUAUCAAUUUAAACAAAAAAAAAGAAUUACAAGUCAAUAAUUAUAAAAGUCAUUGAGCAAUUGCAGCUGAUCUUUUAUCACGAUUACGACUACGUUGAAUAGUACGAGCUUUAAAAGCAGCAGCAUUUUGCAAUGUUCUUUCAAGUUUAGUUGAUUUCUGUGUUUUAGGUAGUGGUGAUGAUACACGAUUACCAAGUUGAAACAUAUCACGUAACAUCAUAUUAUCAGCAAGAUGUGUAUUAAUACCAGGACCAAGUGGACGACAUAAUGCAUUAUAUUGUAUUCUAGAUGUCCAUGUAUCAAAAUAUAAUUUUUCUCUUGUAUUAAAUUUAACAUGUACACUUGGUACAAUAUCAUCAGUAAAAUAUUUAUGUAUUUCACGAAAUUCAGCUCUUUGUUCUUUACGAUCUUUUUUAUUACGAUAUUUUGUUCCAUCUUUUGAUAAGUUUUCAAGUGUAUCAGCAAUAUCAUAUGGUAAUUCAUCCUCAAAAUCAUCUGUAUAAUCACGUGUUAUUUCAAUAAUUGCUGCUAAUGCCUCACCAGCUGUUACACGUGUUUCAAGAUAUGUUGAAUUUAAUAAUUCACAUAAACCUUCAAGUGGUGUUAUUGAAUUUGGUGUUUUAAUUGUUGUUAAAUAUUUAAUUAAAUUUGAUGGUGAUAACUCAAUCAACAACAAUGUCCAUGCACCAAGUGCUGAUGAAUGUAAUGAAUGUACAUCAUUUGAUAAUAUUUUAACACUACCAUUACCUUUUAAAAAUGAUC